AUGCGGGAAAUCGUCCACAUCCAGAUCGGCCAGUGCGGCAACCAGAUCGGAGCCAAGUUCUGGGAGGUGAUCGGCGAGGAGCAUGGGAUCGACGCGGCAGGGAGCGACUGCGGGGCCUCUGCCUUGCAGCUGGAGAGAAUCAGCGUGUACUACAACGAAGCCUACGGUAGGAAGUAUGUGCCCCGAGCAGUCCUGGUGGACCUGGAGCCGGGGACGAUGGACAGCAUCCGGUCAAGCAGACUGGGGGCCCUCUUCCAGCCGGACAGUUUUGUGCACGGGAACUCUGGGGCUGGCAACAACUGGGCCAAGGGCCACUACACCGAGGGAGCCGAGCUGGUGGAGACCGUCAUGGAUGUGGUGCGGAGCGAGAGCGAGAACUGCGACUGCCUGCAGGGCUUCCAGAUCGUCCACUCCCUGGGCGGGGGCACGGGCUCGGGCAUGGGCACCCUGCUCAUGAACAAGGUGCGCGAGGAGUACCCAGACCGCAUCCUCAACUCCUUCAGCGUCAUGCCCUCGCCCAAGGUGUCGGACACCGUGGUGGAGCCCUACAACGCCGUGCUGUCCCUCCACCAGCUCAUCCAGAACACGGACGCCUGCUUCUGCAUCGACAACGAGGCCCUCUACGACAUCUGCUUCCGCACGCUCAAGCUCACCACGCCCACCUACAGCGACCUCAACCACCUGGUGUCCCUGACCAUGAGCGGCAUCACCACCUCCCUGCGCUUCCCCGGCCAGCUCAACGCCGACCUGCGCAAGCUGGCCGUGAACAUGGUGCCCUUCCCACGCCUGCACUUCUUCAUGCCGGGCUUCGCUCCGCUCACGGCCCAGGGCAGCCAGCAGUACCGGGCCCUGUCUGUGGCCGAGCUCACCCAGCAGAUGUUUGACGCCCGCAACACCAUGGCUGCCUGCGACCCCCGCCGGGGCCGCUACCUGACGGUGGCCUGCAUCUUCCGUGGCAAGAUGUCCACCAAGGAGGUGGACCAGCAGCUGCUGUCCGUGCAGACCAGGCACAGCAGCUGCUUCGUGGAGUGGAUCCCCAACAACGUCAAGGUGGCCGUCUGUGACAUCCCGCCCCGGGGGCUGAACAUGGCCGCCACCUUCAUAGGCAACAACACGGCCAUCCAGGAGCUCUUCGGCAGGGUGUCCGAGCACUUCUCGGCCAUGUUCAGGAGGAAGGCCUUCGUGCACUGGUACACGAGCGAAGGGAUGGAUGUGAGCGAGUUUGGGGAAGCCGAAAGCAACAUCCACGACCUGGUGUCCGAGUACCAGCAAUUCCAGGACGCCACGGCGGCCCUGGAGGAGAAUGAAGAGGCCGAGAUGGAACGAGACGCUGAGGACCCUCAGCCGUGA